CCGCUGUAUGCAAACGAUCCACGCCCCCAAGCGCCUUUCCCCCGUGAGCGGUGACGUCACACGAGCGGCCCGUGUUGGUUCCAGCUGACUGGCAGAGAGGGAGAGAGAGGGAGAGAGAGGAAAAUAAGAGCCAUCAGCCCCAUCUAUCCGUCUCUCAUACUACUGGAUAUUAUUAUUUUUUCCGGAGGAUCUCUUUAUUUCCGUCAUCUUGUCAUUUUUUCGCCCCUCUUUUUGUUCUUCGCUCUUUUCUGUCUUGGAGACUUCCCACCGCCGCGACUCGACUGUACUCCGCUGUUUCUACUGCCUUUAUUUCUGCUCUCUUAAUAUUGUUUAUAGCUCCCUCUGGACUCACCGAGCGAUCGACCGACCAACUAACCGACUGACAGCUACUCCUGGAGGAUGAAUUAGACUCGGUCAACAUGGUGCCAUUUUGGAUAUAAAUCCUCCCUCUUUUUUCUUUUUUGUUUCGUUUUUUUUCUUUCGCACAUUUUCUUGCAUGGGACUGGCGACAAUCAGGUGGACACCCUGAGCGCACACGCGUCACCUGUCCGCGCACCUUUUGAAGGCGCGCCCGUCAAUUAGCAUCACUAAGUGGAUUAUUUUGAUCUUACGGUCUCUUGCAGGUUGCCCCACUCCACUUCCUCCUACCCUCACCUCCUCCUGUCCUCCUCCUCCUCCUCUUAUUCCCCCCGAGAAGUUAUGUCAAGGCCUCUCACCCAGCUCCUACCACCGGAUCUCCCUGCCGGGGCCACAAGCCCCCAGUUUGGGGCCAGCAACCCGGCUGGAAGCGGCCCCCAAGGUGGACACCUGACCUCUAUGACCAACCUGAAGUCUCUGCUUCAGGUGCCAAUCAAGGCAGACCAGAGAGGCCCCAAGGACUGUUGCGAGAUGAAAGACAAAGACAAGCCUCUGGACUCCGAUGAAGACUCUCUGGGUGUCAGUGCCGGUGGAGCAAAUGGGGUGGGAGGAACCCCAGGCACCGGCGCACUGCGACCUAACUCACAGUCAGCCUUCCUGGGCCCGCUGCUGUGGGAGAGGACCCUGCCGUGUGAUGGAGGCCUGUUCCAGCUGCAGUACAUGGACUUGGAGGAGUUCCUGACUGAGAAUGGGAUGGGGAUGCACAGCAAUGGGCCCAGCUCUGCUACUGCCCAGAUCCCCUCGCAGAGCUCCCAGUCUGCGGUGCCUAACCAGAGUUCUCAGUGUCCUCCCACCUCUCCUCCGCCCUGCUCCUCCUCUUCCUCCUCCAUGUCCUCCUCAUCCUCUUCUUCUUCACUGCUUGGACUGGAGACCGUCCAACCACAACCACAGCCGCCACCACCUCAACAGCAGCAAAGCAUGAUGGGAGGACCUGAGUGUCUACAUGGUGGUCAGGCAGUGCCUCAGGACCCGUCACCCCCCUCUACCUGCCCUCCGGCCCCCCCUGGACCUCCAGCCGGCACCAACGGCAACAGCGACAUCAUGGUGAACUUUGACCCUGACCCGGCGGACCUAGCGUUGUCCAGCGUGCCAGGCCAGGAGGCAUUUGACCCACGGCGGCACCGCUUCACAGAGGACGAGCUGAAACCUCAGCCGAUGAUCAAGAAGGCCCGCAAGAUGCUGGUUCCUGACGAGCAGAAGGAUGAGAAGUACUGGAGCCGGCGAGUGAAAAACAACGAGGCGGCGAAGCGCUCGCGGGACGCCCGGCGACUGAAGGAGAACCAGAUCUCAGUGCGCGCGGCCUUCCUGGAGCGAGAGAACGCCGCCCUUCGCCAGGAGGUGGCCGACAUGAGGAAAGAGCUGGGCCGCUGCAGGAACAUCAUCAACAAGUACGAGAGCCGGCACGGAGACUUGUGAGGAGACGGACGGAGGCGGAAAGGGCGGGAGGGGCAUCGGAGAUGAGACAAGGGUACAAGGCAACCCAGCAACAGCAGCACUUUAGUUGAAGUGGCAAGUCGGGGGUGGGGGGAGGCUGACGUAGAUCUGCAGUAAGCACCGUGCGACACCGGGCGCAAACGCCACAAGCGUCUUUUAGCGCGCGUGCUGUGCUUCAGGAUGUCAUGACAGGAAAGCACAGCGGCGCCACAGUUUAUUUUCCGAGUUUGACUCUGUAGAUGCUGCUUUGCUGAAUCCACACACCGUACUGUAUCACCACCUCGUGACACCUCGGCAGCUUUACCCUUGGUGCUGUGCUUACGCCCGGUGCCGCAUGGCGUUUUUGCAGGUAGUGCGUUUCCAUCCGCCGCUCUGGCCAGUUCAAACAGGGUGUUGAAUUCACAAUAUGCCAGUGAAAUCUCACUUUUUAAGCUCAAGGCAUGGACACAAGCCAGAAGAGGUCAGAUGUGUAAUUUUUUGUUUUCUAUAAAUAGGAAAAAAAGAAAACAUGUAUAUUUUUGAACUGGGCAGGAAAGCAAGACUAGUCCAGUAAAGAGGAGGACGGGGGGAGGAAGAAGAGCAGGGCUUUCGUCAAUAACGCAAAGAGAUUUUGACAUAGGAUUAUUGUAUAUUUUUCUAUUAGCAGAGGUAUUUAGGAGGAGGAUUUUGGAGAUAAUCUUUUGUAUAUUUUAUAUAUGGGGCGGGAGGGGCUGUUAGCUGGACAGUCACGGGGCCACAUAAAGCGCUUUUCCUCCCAGCUGUUUAUUGCUAAACAACAAAUAAUCUAUUUUCAAAUUUACAGAGCUGGUUAGUCAGAGGAAGAGGUGUAACAGAGAAUGUAUCACGGUCGAAUCAGGUAUUUCACACAGCGUGAGACAAGGCGAGGUAUUUUAGACUGUUUUCGGCGCUGAAGGGGGGAGGAGGAGGGUGGGCGGAGUCAGGAAGAAGGCGAAACAACAGAAAAUUGUAUAGUUUAAAGAAAAUCUUUGUGUUUGUUUUCUCUGUGAGCUCGUUCAAGCACUUCAGUUUUUAUCUUCUAUUUGAUUCCGUGUCUGAUUCUGACAUAAAUCGAGGGGCUUUUAUUUUUUUUUUGAAGCUGAAGGAGGAAAUAAUAAUUAGCCAGCCAUCCGAACAGCUGGAUGUGAGCAGAUGUGCGAGGAUAAGUAAAAGGAGAGAUUUUCGCUGGCGGGUUUGCGUUUUAUUUCAGUGAAUGUGUCUUGCUCACAUGUAAACGCACACACACUGACACACACUUUUAACCAUCGCACAACAUGAUUGCUUUCGGUUUCUUUACUCAUCAAUCAUGUCUAGGUGCAAAAAUUAAAUACUAACUGGUUUAAGGUUGAUCUGCCCAGAUCGAACAGUGACUGAAACCUUCAGCCACACACACACACACACACACACACACACACACACACACACACACACAGUCCUCACCAAGGUUUUAACCCUUAUUGUUGUUGUUGUUGAUGUUGUUAAGGACUUUUAUGGUGCUGAUCUGAUCUGAUCCUCGACCUGACACACACACGCACACACACACACACACACACACACAAAUUAUAGUCACACACAUAUGCACUCACAUCUUCUCAAACACAGUACUGAACUGCCUAUACCCUUUCUUUGUCUUUAUUCCUUAUUCUUUAUUUUUUCUCUCUUUUUGUUGCAUAUUGUAUUGAUGAAUCAUAUAUUUAGAUUUUCACACACAUACUUGUCUAUACCUCUCCUUCAAACUUUACCCAAUGAGAAAGAGAAAUGCACCCUACUGCUACUGUACCAUACAACUGUACUAUUGACUAUUAAACUAUUCUCUCACUAGAUAUAUAUGUGUAUAUGAUAUAUGCUUGAAUUAUGUGAUUAUAGUUGUAAUAUACAUAAUUGAAUAUAUUUCAGAGAAAACCCAUUGGAAUCAUUUUGUCAGUUUUUUCUCAGGUGUUGUCUGAGGUAUUAAAUAUGCAUAUUAAAAAAUAAGAAACACUAAAAAAAUCUUUGAUCCGAUCACAGGAUUUGUGGAUUGGUUUGUUAUUAUUAUUUUUAUUUUUUUGGUUGUAUUUUACGUUUGCUGUAUGAAUUUAUUGUUAUGAUUCCGUUUUAGCCCGUUUUUGUUACUAAGUCACCAGCAUGGGAUAGAAACUCCACAGACUAACUGUAGUUGGCUAAGCCUUGCUCCCCUGUUGCUGUUGCUACGCCUGUCACACUUUGCAUUCUACAGUAAAGUUUAACCGAGGGAGUUUUGCAUAAAACCUUCUGGUUUCAGACAGUUAUUUUGACACCACCAUCUAAAUACAUAUGAGAGGUCCAUAACUGUAAGUGGUAGAAACUCCAGUCCAAUCCAAAAAGAACUGCUUCAAAAGGCUGGUGACUACCACCCAAAAUAGGGUUAAAAACACUAUUUUUCCUCCACAGUCAUAGACGGUAUAAAAGAGUAACGUAGCUACUCAGAUAUCAUCAAUAUAUACUGUUGUGUGAAGCCUCCUGAUGAGUGUUUUCGCCAUCUUGGUGCUUUGUAACCAGGUGUGAUGACAAGAUGCCGAUCGCAGUCUAAAACUGCCGGUCAGUCACAAGCCAGUAGCCAAUGAGUGUGCCCCAUGUAGUCAUUUCAAAAACACAUUGUGAUUAAAAUUAACAGAAUUAAAAAAAACAUUUUAUUCUCCAUAACUGAGUGGUAAACUUUAGAGAGAUGUUUUCCUGUAGACUUUAAUCGGACCAAAGCUAUUGCCAUCAUUUUGUACAGAAGAAAAAUCAUAUGACCUGCAAAAUGCCCAUUUUGAGCCUGGAGCAGGAAGUCAAUAACCUUAUUGUGAUGGCUGUUAUAUCCGACUGAAGCUUGAGGUUUUGCUGAGCCAGAUAACGCAACAAACCCUGGAUGUUUUGAACUCUAGUUCCUAGUUCCUCCCUCCUGUUUAGACCAAAUAUGAGCACACACCCCUUGAAAUUCAAGUAGCCCAGCCAGUCUGGACUAUUUUAGUGUGUCUAAAAAAACCCCACAGCAUCUGCUAAUUUCCUCCAUAUUUAAUUUAAUCCCUCAAAGGCAAUUGAAAACUCUUCAAAUGUUUGUUUCACUAUACUAAGAACUCAAAAAUUUGACAGGCUGAAUUCGCUACAUGUGCUAGGCUGUGAUUGGACAGUGACUGAAUGGGGGAGGGGCUUAGCUGACUGUUAUAUAGAACUGUUUUAAUUUACAGAGAGCACUGAAACCUUAGCUCUUGUUACCUGCUAUACAGUCACACUUGCAAGUAUUAUGAUUGUUCUUGAUAUUUCUUUUGUUGUUUUAUGCAACAGCUUUUUUUCUUCAGGUGAUUUUAGCCUGACAUAACUAUAUUUUCAUUCCCAAGGCCGACUUUCACAUAUCCCAUGAGCCUGUUUGCUGCUGGCCUCAUCCACAAAGACUUAAUCAAGCCACAGGUGUAUAAUGGGAGUUGUAGGUCUAGCUUUGAUAUACAGUAUGUACUGUAUGUUUUCCUUUCCCUUGUCUUCUUUUUUGGGGGGAACAUGUUUAAACCUGAGACACAAACUUUUGAAUUUAGAUCCCUGGAAGAAACUCAGAGCUUCUUACACUUCCAUCAGUUGUUGGAAGAAGGAAGUCAUCUUUUUUUCUUUUGAUAUCUUGGAUUUGGGGAUUUCUUCACAGACCUUUCUGAAACUUUUUGACAGUGCUAUUUUUCUAUGUAACUGUGUUGUUUUGCGUGGUACAACUUUUUCUGGCGGGUAUUUGAGGCCUGCUCUUCAUGUGGCAGCAGUGACAGUCUGCUGCUGUGUGAUAAAACGGCAUUGCGGGUAAUAAUGACAACAAUAACGAUGAUGAUAACAAUAAUGUACACAGCCUUGUUAUUUCUUCUUCAACUUUGUGGAUUCUCAGCUAACUUCCUCUUGUUGUGACUGACUGUUAUAAACUGCAAAUCCCAUGAGCUCGACACUACCCCGGCUCCUCACCAGUAUUGUGUGCUGUCCACAGGGAUGAUGGCAUAUGUGGUCUUUUUCCCCCUCCAAACACGAAUAAAGGCUAAUCCUUAUUCACCAA